AGGCGCAAAGCACAAGCGGCGGCGGGCGGGCCGCUGUCCCAGCGUGCUCCGCGGCCACGCAUGCCUGCUAGCGCUGCGCCGGCGGGGCCGGGGCGGGUGGCCUGGCUUCAGCCGAGGGGCGGCUGGUGGCGGCGGCGCUUCAGAACAACUGAUGAUACAAAGGACCAUGCACAGUGUAUAUCGUGGUGACAUUUUGUGUGCUAUGACAUGGCUUUUGCCGUGGCAUCCGAGACUGAAAAGGCCCAUGCUCUUCUCCAGACUUUCAGCACAGCUUCAGUUAUUUCUAGUCUAGCUUUGGGAGUAUUCUGCUUUGUAGUAGACAGACUUCUGCAGUUUUCCUUCAUUCAGCAAAAUGACUGGAUCCGAGCCUUCACUGAUAAUGCAGUGCAUGGUAUCCUGGGCAUGUGGUCCUGGGCAAUAGUGAUUGGACUCAGGAAGAAAAGUGACUUCACUGAGGUUGCUCUGGCUGGAUUCCUUGCCUCUAUUAUUGAUGUGGACCACUUCAUUCUUGCUGGCUCCCUGUCAUUAAAGGCUGCUCUGAGUCUUCCACGGAGGCCGCUUCUUCAUUGCUCUACUGUGAUUCCUGUUGUGGCAUUGACAUUAAAGUUUAUUAUGCACCUUUUCAGGCUUAAGGACUCAUGGUGCUUUCUUCCCUGGAUGUUGUUCAUAUCCUGGACAUCUCAUCAUGUCCGUGAUGGGAUCCGUCACGGCCUCUGGAUCUGCCCAUUUGGAAAAACUCCUCCUCUGCCAUAUUGGCUCUAUGUGGCAAUUACAGCAUCUUUACCUCAUCUGUGUUCAUUCAUUAUGUAUUUAACAGGCACUAGAGAAUUAUUGUCUAUAAAACAUGGAAUCCACAUUGAUGUGUAAGAACGAUGGUUCUGGAAGGUUCUUUGUGUUGGCCCUCGACAGCAUCCAACAACACUGGGAUAGUUUCUGUAUCUUUCCUGUGACUUCUGAGUCAGGGAUCUGUUUUAAGCCUGUGGAGCCAAUUACACCUUCUCUGCUGUCAAUCCCUUGUGGCCACAGAAGGCUAUUUAAUUAAUGUUAACAAUUUUAUAUCUGCACACUCCCUUUGUAAAAUAUGUGAUCUUCCAACAUCCUUCAUGCACAGCUGCCUGGUUAUAUUAUAAAGUGCUUAGCCACUCUCUGUGCUAAUUGCAUUACAUUUUACUGACCUGGUACCAUUCAUCUGAUCACCAUUCACUUUGAAAUUUGUAAAUAUAAUGCUCAGAUGGUACAUUUAAUCUAGACAGCAUUUCUGUAGCACUUAAAAACAGUGGUAUGUAAAUGCUAAGUAUUAGUAUGAAUUUACUAGUGUAUGCCACUGACAAAAAGCUAUCAGCCUUUUGAUUUUUAUUCUUUUUUUCCUCCUACUGGACACCCAUAUUCAAAAGAAACACUGUUUGUAUUUCACCAUGUGCCACUGUGUAGCUGCACUUCUUUGAACACUGCUGUCAUCGUGUUUUUAAUAAAUUUUGUUCCUCUGCAGUUGCUUAGUACUCACUCUGCAGAUAAUUACUGUGGUUAGAAAGGAGGAGACUGUUUGGUUACCAUACUGUGUGUAUUGGCCAAAUUGUUUCAUUCUUUUUUUAAAGUGCUCCAAAUAUGAUUUUGGAAAUAAGGACUUUUAGUAAAUGUUUAAGGAUUGCUUAAAGUUGCAUUUAUUACAGUGAGGGGGAAGCUUCAGGGAAGAUUUAGGAUAAGAUUUUAGCCUUCGAGUAUCUGAAGGGUGCCUACAAAAAAGCUGGGGAGGGACUUACUAGGAUAUCAGGGAGUGACAGGACCAGGGGAAAUGGAGCAAAGCUGCAGAGGGGGGAGUCAGACUGGACAUGAGGAGGAAGUUGUUGAGCAUGAGAGUGGUGAGAGACUGGAAUGGGUUGCCCAGGGAGGUGGUUGAGGCCCCAUCCUUGGAGGUGUUUAAGGCCAGGCUGGCUGAGGCUGUGGGCAGCUUCAUCUAGGGUAGGGUGUCCCUGGGCAUGACAGGGGGGUUGGAACUGGCUGAUCCUUGUGGUCCCUUCCAACUCUGACUGAUUCUAUGAUUCUAUGAUUUGGGAAGAUACAAGAAAAUGAAAAUUGCUCCAAGUGUGAGUUUGCUUAAAGACUUUACUACUGUACUCAUAAGUAGCAUGUUCCACGAAGUGCAAUAUAAUCUUUGUUAUUGUAAAAUGAAAUGCAUUGUUGUUGUUGUUAUAUUGGAAAUAGACAUUUCUUGAUAAGUAAGUCAGUUAAGCAAAUCUGUUAGUAUGCUGCAGGUAUCAUAAUGUAGUAGUUUGCACUGUGGACUAUUCAAAGUUCUCAUUUACAGAAAUUUCUCAGAAAAAGGAAAUCACAAAGUGAUUUAAGAGAGUGAUUGGCACUGGAAUGGGCUGCCCAGGGAGGUGGUAGAGUCACUGCCCCUGGAGGUGUUCAAGAAAAGCCUGCAUGGGGCACUUAGUGCCAUGGUCUGGUUGAUUGGCUAUGGCUGGGGGAUAGCUUGGACUGGAUGAUCUUGGAGAUCUCUUCCAACCUGGUUCAUUCUGUGAUUCUGUGAAAGUAAAAAUAAAACUGCUGCCUAGUU